AUGUUAAAGAAAUUUUUAAAAUUAAAUUUUUUAAUUUUACUUGUAACAUCAUGUGUUACUGCAGGAAAAUUACGUUCUUCUUACAACAAUUUGAACUAUUUAAAUAAUCAAGAAAAAUAUUUAUUAGAGCAAAUAAAACAUGAUCAUCAAACAUUUAAAAAUAGUGACACUUUUUCAGAAAGUUGCAUUAAAAAACGUUUAGAAGAAUUAGAUAAAUUAAAGGAUAAAGCUGAAGAAGUUCAACAAGAAUAUGCAAAUCAAUUAACACCACAAGAAUUUGAUAAUUAUUUAGCUGAAGGUUCACCAUUUCAAAUAAAAGAUAAUUAUUUAGAAUAUCAUUGUGAUUUAGAAAGUAAAUUAGGUGGUAUACAUGGUGGUAUUUCAAUUGAAAAUUAUUAUCCUGAACAAAAACUUGAAACUGAAUCAGAACAAACUACGUCUACAUCAGAUUCAAAUAAAUUUAAACCAUCCGAAAAUCCAAUUUAUCCACCUAUAGAAGGAAUUAUUGAUAUAUUAAAUAGAACUGAAGUUGUAGUAACAGAACAACAGCAACCAGAUGAUGGAAUACCAAGAUGCAAUCCAACUGAUAAAGUAUCAGUAUGCGAUAAAAAUGCUGAAUGCUCAUUUGUUGGUAAAGAACGUUAUCAAUGUAAAUGUAAAGCUGGUUGGGCUGGUAAUGGAUUUGUAUGCGGUUUUGAUACUGAUUUAGAUGGUUGGCCAGAUGAAAAUCUAUCUUGUAACGAAUUAAAUUGUAAGGCAGAUAAUUGCAUAGCUAUACCAAAUUCAGGACAAGAAGAUUCUGAUUCAGAUGGUCUUGGUGAUAGUUGUGAUGAUGAUGCUGAUGGUGAUGGUGUCAAAAAUAAUUUAGAUAAUUGUCCAUUUGCAUAUAAUCCAAAUCAGAAAGAUAUCGAUAAUGAUAAAGUAGGUGAUGCAUGUGACAAUUGCCGUCAUAAAUCAAAUGGUGAUCAAUUGGAUAGUGAUAAUGAUGGUUUAGGUGAUGUUUGUGAUAAAGAUUCUGAUAAUGACGGUAUUUUAGAUAUCGAUGAUAAUUGCCCACUUAAGUUUAAUACAGAUCAAUCUGAUUAUGAUGGGGAUGGAGUUGGAGAUGUUUGUGAUAAUUGUGUAAAAAUUUCAAAUUCUUUACAAAAAGAUUCUGAUGAUGAUUUAAUUGGUGAUGCUUGUGAUAAUGAUAAUGAUAGUGAUAUGGAUGGUAUACAAGAUGAUAUAGAUAAUUGUCCAACAGUUUUUAAUUCAGAUCAAUUAGAUAUCGAUGGUGAUGGAAUUGGAGACGCCUGCGAUGAUGAUAUUGAUGAUGAUAAUAUAAAAAAUAUAUAUGAUAAUUGUAUUUAUGUUAAAAAUCCAAGGCAAGAGGAUCUUAAUUUAGAUGGUAUUGGAGAUGUUUGUGAAAAUGAUGAUGAUAAUGAUGGUGUUAAAAAUUCAUUUGAUAAUUGCCCCCAUAAUCCUUAUAUAAGUUCAAGUGAUUUCCGUAAAUUCCAUACAAUUAAUUUAGAUCCAACAUCAAGAGAACCAAAACCAAAUUGGAUAAUAUUAGCAAAUGGUUCUGAAAUAACACAAACUAAAAAUAGUUUUCCAACUAUUGCAAUUGGAUAUGAAAAUUUCAAUGGUGUUGAUUAUAGUGGUACAUUUUAUGUUAAUGAUGAUAUUGAUGAUGAUUUCAUUGGUUUUAUAUUUGGUUAUCAAAGUAAUAAACGAUUUUAUGUUGUUUCUUGGAAAAAAGAAUAUCAAUUAUUUAAAAAAGUUAAUGCUAAACCUGGUGUACAAAUAUCAUUGGUAAAUAGUAUUACAGGACCAUCUUCAACAUUAGGCACAGCAUUAUGGAAUUCUAAUAGUACUAAAAAUCAAGUUAAAAUAUUAUGGAAUGAUCCAAAAAGAGAAGGUUGGAAACAAUUCACUUCAUAUCGAUGGGAACUUAUACAUAGACCAACUAUUGGUUUAAUUAAAUUGAGGAUAUACGAAGGUAAUAAUCUUAUAUUAGAUUCACCAUUAAUAUAUGAUGAAGAAAUUAGGGGUGGACGAUUGGGCGUGUAUUGUGCAUCACAAGAAAAUGUGAUUUGGUCUAAUUUACAAUACAAAUGCAAUGAAUAUGUUUCGAGCUCAAUUUAUAAACAACUUCCAAGGAAACUUCAACAAAAGAUUCGUGAAGAAUUGGUUUAUUGA